AUUUAGGUUUGUACUGUGGCCAUUGCGCUCAUUUUGUUUUGUAACGGAACAUACAAUUUGGCCUUGCAAUUAACUCCAGUCCGUCAUGUCUUUAAAGCAAGCAGUCGCAAAAAAACUUAUGGAUGAGAUAAUCGUCCCAUUAAGAAAACCUAAAGACUGGAAGGUGUUGGUAUUAGAUAGGUUGGCCACUAGAAUUGUAUCUUCGUGUUGCAAGAUGCAUGAGAUAAUGAAUAAUGGAAUUACACUUGUUGAGGAUAUUUCAAAGAAAAGAGAAGUAUUGCCAAUUGAAGCCAUAUAUUUAAUUACUCCAACUGAAGAGUCUAUAAAACUGCUAAUGGAAGAUUUUCAAGGGUCUCAGAGUCAGUAUCGCUAUGCGCAUGUGUUCUUCACCGAAGCUUGCCCAGAUGAACUAUUCAAUCGUUUAUGUCAAUCAAAUUCUGCUAUAUUCUUAAAGACAUUAAAAGAAAUCAAUAUGGCUUUCCUACCCGUUGAAUCUCGAGUUUUUUCAUUGGAUUCACCUAUGAGUUUUCAGUAUUAUUUUAAUCCUGUAGCAAGACAACAAGGAUCUGGACAACAACUUGAACGUAUAGCCGAACAAAUUGCUACACUUUGUGCAACAUUGGGUGAAUAUCCUGUGAUACGAUAUAGAACUCAGUUUGAAAGGAAUGCUGAAUUCGCCCAGUUAGUUCAACAAAAGCUGGAUGCCUACAAGGCGGAUGAUCCUCAAAUGGGUGAGGGUCCCCAAAAAGAUCGAAGUCAAUUAAUUCUACUUGAUCGUGGAUUUGAUCCUAUCUCGCCUAUUCUUCAUGAGCUUACAUUUCAAGCCAUGGCAUAUGAUUUAUUGGCAAUUGAAAAUGAUGUUUACCGUUAUAUCAAUACAUCAGGUCCUGAGGAACGUGUCAAAGAGAUCAUCUUAGAUGAAACUGAUGAAUUAUGGUGUGAAUUACGUCAUCAGCAUAUUGCAGUUGUCUCACAACAGGUGACAAGCAAGUUGAAAAAAUUCGCUGAAGACAAACGUAUGGUUAGUGCCGGGGAUAAGACAACAAUGCGUGAUUUAAGUCAAAUGUUGAAAAAAAUGCCACAAUAUCAAAAAGAGCUAUCCAUGUAUUCCACACAUUUUCAUCUGGCUGAAGAUUGUAUGCAAACGUAUCAAAAUCAUGCGAAUAAACUGUGUAAAGUUGAACAGGAUUUGGCUAUGGGUACAGAUGCUGAAGGUGAACGUGUUAAAGAUCAUAUGCGUACAAUGGUGCCAAUAUUAAUUGAUCAAUCAGUAUCUGCCUAUGAUAAACUACGUGUUAUCCUGUUGUAUGUUGUUCAACGUGGUGGAAUAAAUGAAGAAAAUUUAGCCAAGUUAGUACAACAUGCUCAAAUACCUUCAUCACAAGCCUGUAUUAUACGCAAUUUAAUACAUUUAGGCAUACCAAGCAUACAAGAUGCUACUGGAGCUAGUAUUGGUCGACGGAAGCUUCCUCAGCCUUAUUUGCCUGGUAAUCGACGUCAACGUGAAGAUGGCCCAAGAUAUCAAAUGUCUCGUUGGACGCCCUACAUCAAAGAUCUUAUGGAGGAUGCUGUUGAAGAUAAAUUAGAUCAAAAGGCAUUUCAAUACUUUGGUGGUGGUCCAGUUCGUGGACCUGGGACACGUACUGGGAAUGCACCAAUGUCAGCUAGAUAUGGUAUGUGGCAUCGAGAUAAAAGUCAACAACCACGUUCUGGGCCUAGAUUAAUAUUUUUCAUUAUCGGUGGAAUAUCCUAUUCAGAAAUGCGUUGUGCUUAUGAAGUAAUGAACACACCAACUGGUAAACAAUGGGAUAUUAUUGUCGGUGGAACUCACCUCCUAGUACCUGAAGGAUUUUUAACCGAUUUAGAAAAAUUGUCGUAUCCACCGGGAACAGUAUUGCCAUCAGCGAAUACUAGUGGUGGUAGUGGAGGCGGAACACAGAUGAUUGUUGGAGCUGGCGGGGAACCAGUAUGAGUUGAGUCAUAGUUCCUCCUACAACAUCUCCCCCUCUCUCUCUACACACUCACUCACUCACUCACACACACAUAAUUAUUUCAAUAAAUAUCUAUGCUUUAUUGCAAAUGAUAACAUAAGAAGAUGUUCUUUUCUAUACUUCAGUUUUUGCCAAAAAAACCGUUAUUUACUCUCAUAUUUAUCCUGUCGUUUCUUUAUUUCGCAUUUUUUCCUCUCUCGGCCUCUCUAUCUGUCGCUAUCUCUUUGUCAUCUACUCAAAGUCUCAUCUAUUCUUUUAGAAUCAAGAGAGAAAAGGGCCGAGGUGGGGGUGGUUGGGUGGUUGAUCAACACACAUAGAGAGAGAGAGAGGGAGGUAUAUAUCUAUACUAGCAUUUUAUUGGAUACUCCUCUUCUAAACAUUCCUCAGUUAAUUUCUCUCUUUCUAUCUAUAUUGUAUAAUUAUGAUGAUUAGUGUGUAAAAGAAGAAUUGACCUUCUCUGUUGUCGGUGUUGAUGAUGACAGCGAUGUGCUUAUCUAGUCGAGUUGCUUUCGCCGAUUGACUUUCCUUUUCUCUAAAGUACCCCCCCCUCACACACACACACACACACCCGCACACACUUCGUUGUCUGUCAGUUAGAAGCAUUCCGUAUUUAUUAUUACUAUCAUGAUUAUUAUUAUUACUCAAUAAUGCACACACACACACAAUAUCUCUCUGUUUGUCUGCCUGCUUAUCUGUUUGUGCUGUCUUCUUUGUUUUCUCUAUUCUUCUUCUGUAUUUCUUACGGCAGCUGUGUUGUGAUGAAUCUCCUCCUCGACCUCCUUCUCCUUGACUCUUGUGAUAUAACUCCCUAUUACUCUCUCUCUCUUAUUUCUGCUUAGCUGACCAAUUCCUUGCGCCUAAUUCGCUUUGUUUCUUCUGUGUAUUCUACGUCUGUCUGUCCGUCCGUCCGUCUGUCUCUCUCUCUUACACACACACACAAACGAACAAGCACACAGACAAAUUCUUCUAGUUUUUUUCUCAUAUAUUACCGCCAACACUAAAGUUAUUAUUAUUAUUAUCAUUAUUAUGAUUGUUGUUGUUGUUGUUUUCGUCGUCGUUGUCACCGUUGCCGUCGCCGUCGUCGUUUAUUUGCGGGUCGUCUCAGUGUUACAGGGCCCAUGUCAGUUAGUUUCCACUACUCUAUUCUACUUUACUCAUCAUUUGUCUAUUUAUGGAUUUAUCGAUUUAUUGAUUGAUUGAAUAUUUAUUGGAAAGAAGAAGAAGAAGAAAAAGGUUUGAAAAUUUGUCUUUCCUUAUUUUCCUUUAAAUUUUCACAUAUUUAUAUUUACACACACACACACUUACAUACAUGCAUAUAUACUUUCCUCCUUGAGAUAUAUAUAUAUAUAUAUAUAUAUAUAUAUAUAUAUAUAUAU